AUGACCUCAUGGCUCGGGUACAGUAUCACCAAGCACAACAUCCGGGGUUCGAUCCCCAAGCGUGAUAGAGAACUAUUACGAUUCGAAAAUAAUAAACAGAAGCAGUUAAUAACUGAUGAAAGCGUAGAAGCUGAAUCCGUAAGUGCUAAAAACCAUUCAAAGAACCUGGGUGUCCUCGCCAAGCACUCAUGGACACCCAUUUCUGCUUUACACAACUAUAACUACUUGCAGAAUAAUCGUCUCAAGUGCGAAAGCGCGUAUACAACGGUCAUUGCCAUCGUAGAGUCAGCCCCGGGAAACUUCGACCGAAGAAAUGUUAUCAGGAUGACGUGGAUUCAGCACGCGAUUGACCUCAAGUUUGCCAUGAAAGUCAUGUUCAUAUUGGGAGAGACGUCCGACAGAUCAGUCGGUUACAGGAUCAAGCAAGAGGCUUACAUCCACAAGGACAUCAUCCAAGAAGAUUUCCAGGAUACCUACCUCAACCUGACUAUCAAGACGAUCGGUGCCCUGAAGUGGGCCACACAGUCAUGCCCACGGGCCAAGUUCUUCAUGAAGCUCGACGAUGAUGUCGUUGUCAAUGUCGGGAAUCUGACUUGGUUUCUCGAAACACACGUCUCGUCGUCCAACUACCUUGGUGGUAUUCCGAUCUUCGGGGCCCGUGUGUAUCGCGAUCCAACCGAAAAAUGGUACACACCAAUUGAGAUCUAUCCUAACGAAACAUAUCCUCCUUACACGGAAGGGAAAGCGUACGUCAUGUCCAUGGACGUUGCUAAAAGGAUCUACAACCACUCUCAAACCUUACAGAUCUUCCCCUGGGAGGAUAUCUUCAUCGGAAUAUGUGCCAAACACUUAAAUAUUGUUCCCCAAGAAAUACUAUGCUUCCUUGAACGUGAUUUACUGAAAGUGCGAUUUGAAGAUAAACUUGUAAAGUCUAACAAAACAUUAGGAAAUGUGAUAUUCCUGUACGUCGUUUACGACCUUGACGUAGAAGAAAUGAUUGAUGUUUGGAGGGCAUGGAUGUCAAAUAGCUGGGAUUAA